UCUUGAACCAUCUCUUCUCCCAAUAUAUUGCAUCGAUGCUGAAGAGAUUUUUUUGCUUCCCACUUGUUCAUUUUUGGUAUACUGUUGUUGAAUGCCUCCUUUGAAUAAAACUGGUGUAGCUUAUGCGUUGGACUUUGACGGUGUGUUAUGUGAUAGUUGUUUGGAACUCAUCUGUUCGGCUAUGUUAGCCAUUCGAUCCAAAUGGCCACAAGUUUUGCAAGAUUUGGUACCCAAUCCUUUAGAACCUCCUGACUGGCUAGUUAGCAAACUGCAGAAGCUAAGGCCGUUGGUUGAAGUUGGUUACGAAAUGAUCCUUUUAGGUCUCUUAGUUGUAGACGAACAACACGCUAGUAUUCGUUCACAACAAAAAUCACGACCUUUGAGCGUUGGAGAGAUUAUGGAAAACUGGCAUAGUCAAAUAAAGGAUCAGCUGUGGCGUGAAUACAAGACUUGUGACAAGGAGCUGGUUGAUCUGUUUGGAAAGACCAGGGACGAGUGGAUUCGACAAGAUUUACAAGGCUGGCUAGGGAAACACCGAUUUUAUCCUGGCAUUGUGGACGCUUUGAACUUUUCGGAGUCACCUUUGUUUAUCGUUACGACGAAAGAAAAACGAUUUGUUUGUCAGUUGUUGAAACAUAGUGGGGUGGAGAUGGAAGAACAACGCAUCUAUGGAUUAGAUGCCGGAAAUAAACUCAAAGUUCUCAAGACGCUGAUCAAGUUGGAUGAAUUGAAAGGACGAACGUUGUAUUUCGUGGAGGAUCGAGUGGAAACGCUUGAAGAUGCAUGUCUGACUAUGUUAGGAACGCCUGUAAAGUUUUAUUUAGCGUCUUGGGGUUAUAAUACGGAAGAGGUGCGGGCCAGAGCUGCUAGAAACCCACAAAUUGAAGUCAUCGACUUGCAGACUUUUGUAAUGAAAAUGCAAUGACCACAAAGUAUUACCAAAAUGUAA